ACGGGCCCACCGUCAAAAUGAGACAGGAAAGGCAAGGUGCUUCAAGACUCAAUUGACUGUUGAAAGUUGGACUUAGCAGACAGAAGUUGGACACUUCAAAAGGGAAAACUGGCUAACAAAUAGAAAAUGGUGAAACUUUGUGCCCAUCGAUGGACAAUCCCAGCUGUCGUUCUUGUUUGCCUCACUCUGAUUGGAAGCCUGCUUAUCCAUGAAUUGCAAUGGCCUUCAUUAGUGGCCUUUAGAGCCCAAAUGCCAGACCCCAAACCAGUAGACAUCACUAACAUCACUACCAUAUUGAUAUGGUACUGGCCCUUUGACCAAAGAACUGCCUUGGAGGGCAAUGUGUGCCGAGAGAGGUUCGGCAUACCCAACUGUAUUUUGGUAGAUGAUCAAUCCUUGUUCUCUCUGGCAGAUUUUGUGGUUUUCCACAACCGCGAGCUGAUCAAUGGCCAACAAAGACUGCCUGUGCACCUCCCCCGACCACAGAAGCAGAGGUGGUUGUGGUAUUCACUGGAAAGCCCAGUACAUAAUGGGAAUCUGAGGCCUUUUGCUGGACACUUUAACUGCACCAUGUCUUACCGCCUCGAUGCAGACAUCACUUCACCAUAUGGCAGGUUGGUACCACAGAACUUUGGAACUGGAUCGACAGUGGAGGAUUUCAUACCAAAGGACAAGUCUUCUCUGGCAUGUUGGGUUGUGAGCAAUUAUGCCCCCCACCAUAAGAGAACUGAAGUAUACAAUAAACUGAAAUCAAUUAUACCAGUAAACGUGUAUGGUGGAGCAGUGAAUAAGCGUCUAGAUGAUAAGACUAUGAGAUCCACAAUCUCUCGUUGCUACUUCUACCUGGCCUUUGAGAACUCCAUAUCCAGAGACUACAUCACAGAGAAGUUUUGGUACAAUGCCUUCAUGAUUGGAGCUGUGCCUGUAGUUUUAGGUCCACCCCGGGAACAGUAUGAGGCAGUGGCACCAAAAGAUUCCUUCAUCCAUGUGGACGACUUCCAAUCAAUAGAGGAGCUUGGAGAAUUCCUUAGGAAACUGGCCGAGGAUAAGCAGCGCUAUGCCUCAUAUUUCAACUGGCGACUGAAGUAUACAGCAAAACGGUUUGGCGAUUGGAAAGAGGAAUUCUGUAGAAUCUGCCCCAAAGUCAGCAGCUUACAAAAGCAGAAAGUGUACAACGAUUUAGAUGCUUGGGAAAGGAAAUAAAGCAGAAGGGAAGCAAGAAAUCACCAUCAUAUUAUUUCGUAUGAUUUAAUUCCAACCUGUGACCUCCUGUGCCGUCCUUGCACAAGGUGAUAGAAUUCAGAUUUUUGAAAAACAAUCUUCCAGUUGUGUCCAGAUUUUAUAUUUAGAUGUUAUCUUCAUUGCUGAGAAUGCGGUAGGGGGAGGCAGCUCAGACUGAGAACAAAACCUGAUUGUUUCAAAUCCGUUCUCUCCCCUCAUUGUAUGUUCACAUGCUGUCAAACGUUAUACUUGAACUUAAUGGGAGGAGGAAACAAUUGGGGAAGAUAGGGCAGACAGGCAGGUAAUUAAAAGAAAAAUUAAGUAGAAUAUUAUUCAUGAUUUUUUUUCCCAUUAUUUUGAAAAUGGUUAGGUCUUCAGAGCGGGCCGUGUAUAUAUAUUUGUACAUAUUUAUACAUACAGGUGUAGAGCCUGUAGCCCUAACCAGGGGUACUAGUAGAGGCACUAACAUCUACCUAGGUGCGGGGAGUGGUAUGACUUGAUUAACUCACACAAGGAGUUGAUGGUGAUGAGCUGAACAGAUGGCACUUUAUUGCCUCACAACAGCAAUGUAAUAUACACAGUACUGAAAUUGUAUAAAAGAAAAUUAAAAAUACAACAAAAUAAAGCUCUUAAAAUAA